CGAAGAACUUCCAGAAGUUUCAUCAGAAGUUUGGUUUCACUAUGAUGCUGUGAUGUAACUAGAGGAAUGUGGAGGUGUUGGAUUGAGGAUAUAAAAGUGCAUCGUUCUGCACCGUACGCUACCUCAGAGAGACGCUUCACUAGACUCAGGUGUCGCUUCAUCUACUGAAUCAUCCAACUACAAUGGCUCAAAGCAAAGAAGUCAUUCCUGCCUGGGAAACCCAGUUCGUUCAGGAGCUGACCCCGGUUUCGAAGCAGAUCCCCCUGCUGUAUCACAUCUCCUACCUGUGUCUGGCUAAAUUCCCCAACCUAGAGAGGCUGCUGAGGGAGCGGGCUGUGGAGACCCAGCUUCUGUUUGGAGAAUCUGAGGGGAUCUUGUUUCAGUGUAUGGGCACCAGUAACAACAUGGUUAAUUCACUGUUCCCCAUGCUGAUAUUCGCUGUGGAGAAAAACGACCCCGCACUGGCUGUUAAAUACCUGAAUAGAGCAGAAAUGUGGAUCAAGGAGAUCAUUGAUGAGGUGCAGAAGAUGCUGGACAGCUAUAAAAAACACACCAAGGACGUGGCCACGACCGCCAGCAACAUCAAAGCUAAAAUAGAUGAGACGGAAAUAAAGCUGAAGCAGCUCUCCAAGGAAAUCGAGGCGAUGAAGAAAGUUAAAACCCAGCUCAAGCAGCAGCUGAAUGAAGUCGACCAAAAGCUGGAAGAGAACGAGAAGCAGAUCAAAGCUAAAAAAACUAAGAUUCUGAAUCACGUGAGAGAUGCGACUCAGAAGAGCACUGGUAUGGGUUUCUUGGGUUUCGUGCCGUUAAUUGGGCCAGUUACUAAGUGGAUUUAUGACACGGCAACCAGCCCCGAGGCCGUGACAAAGACCAAGGAACUUGAGUUCGACCUGAACAGUCUCAUUUCUGACAACUCCUCCCUGAAGAAUGAAAAGUGUAAACUUGAACUCCAGCUUGUUGACUUGCAGAUGAAGCUUUCUGAACAGAUAAUAGAUGUUGGUGUCAUACCCAAACCUGUCCACCUGAACGAGAUGCCACAGCACUUGACUAAAAUUCAGAACAUCCUGGUGCAGCUUAUCAACUUCUGGCAAGGGGUCGACAUAGCGCUGAAAACAGUGAGAGACCAAACCUUCGUUAAUGAUGAGCUUCUUGAGGAGAACAACCCGGAGCUGAAACGAAAGUUUAUAAACUCAAUCAAAUCUACAUCACCGGUCUGGACAGAUUUCGGUGCAGGCUGCUCUGUGUGUGUGGAUCUGUUUAAGGUUCAGAACCUGACGGCCUACGCUUUUCUGGAGCAGAACCCCUCGUCCCUCACCCAGGAGGAGUGGAGGAGACAGUACGCCGCCGUGAGAGCAAAGCUGGAGAACGUUAACAAACUCGGUAAACUCCCGGCCCCAAAACCAUAGAGGAGAUGUGAACCUUCCUCCUCCUGCAACACCUACACACCUACACCUGCUACAUGGCUGUGGGGGAGAAUUCUGAUCCAAUCAGAUUCAUCAAUCAAUCAAUCAAUCAAUCAAUCAAUAAAUAAAGAGAAAAACUAGAA